AAAAAAGGUAACUGUCAAUCAGCUGUGUUCUGUCAAGUGUGGCAAAACAGAGAAAAGUGGGAUGUUAUCUUGUAAAAAGCGUGUUGAGUUCUGGUGGAACGUUGUAUUGUGAAUUACAGUGUUUAUCCUCUUAUUUCCUCAUCUCCUUGCCCGCUAACCCACGCACGCACGCCAAUGGAGAUUCCAACCGAUGAGGGCCAAGUGCCUUUAUCAGAAGUGGGAUCCGAAGGGCACGAUUCAAAUAAGGAGAUGAAUUCGCGAUUCACUGACCCAAGACCCGAAGCAACAGCCACCAGUUUCUUCAGUGGCAUGGAGGCCCUUUUGACACGGCUGCUAGCGGCAAGUUCUGUGCCGUCUACAUCAGCAGGCACACCUACGCAGCUCAUCAAGUUUGACCCGGAGGAUGCUGACUCAGAUAUUGAGGGUUGGUGCAGGCUGACGGAAAUCAUAGUGAACUGUCGUAAACUCGAGGGGCCGGAACUAUUACUUGCCCUCACGCACGCAUUGAAAGGCAGUGCAUUAACGUGUCUAACCAAGCUAAACACAUCUGAAAUAAAAUGGCAACCAAUACAAGAGAUGUUGAAAGCAAAGUUUUCUAAAUCAAAACUCAUGCAAGAUUAUUUUGAUGACGUCAUGAAAUUUCAAAUUAGCAACAAGGAGACGGCUUCGGAAGCCGCCCUUCGUUUGUGGUCUCUAAUAGAACGCAUCCCAAAGGUAGAUAUGGCAGAAGAAGUUAUCACCGGCUUUGCCAUAUCUGUGUUAAGCCAGCGUGAUCCACUGAUCCGACGCGAAUUAAAUUCACAUGUUAUAACAACGAAAGCACAAUUUUGUCGUGUGUUAGGUGGUAUAUCAUUGAAAAGAAAGUAUGAAGAUGUUGAUAAACGCGACACAGAACCUGAAAUCAAACGUGUUCGUGUUGAUAGCCGAUUUUCUGGACUUUGUCACUUCUGCGGUGUUCGUGGUCACAAAUUAGAAGAAUGUCGCAAGCGGCGUGAUAAUCCUAACUCCAAUCAAAAGUUUAAACUUCCUGAAAAAGACAAUAUUACCUGCUACACUUGUGGAAAGACCGGUCACAUCAGUACGACUUGUCAAGAAAAACAAGCUGCUACAGAUUCACGAACGAAGAAAGAGGUCCACUUGUGUGAACGCCGUCUUCCGAGGGGUACACUGUCAACAUCAGCGGAUGGUCAAACCUUGGACUAAGCGCACGAGGCCGUGCGAUAGUCAGGCUGGCCGUGACGGCGCCGGACACCGAUGCUGCA